AUGUCAGCCACACCGCUGGGAACUUUCGUGGAUGGUGGACUUGUUGCUGCAUUGAACGGAUUAUUCACAACCUAUCGGAAUUUUACAGACCUAAGAAUACGUUACUAUGACACAGUUUCAGCAAACAAGUUUCCCACAACCGUCGAUGGUCUCAUUGAGCAGAUUAGGAACUUUCCUGCACAGAUGGCACAGAUUCAGCAAGGAAUCCCACUCGAGGUAACAUUCCUUCAAGAUCUUUACGUCAAAUCUUUUCAAUAUAAAGUUUUGAAUUCAAUACUCUAUACAAUCACAAUACGUUUCAAGACUGGGUAUCUCCAGCAUGACAAAUGAACUUUUAUUGUUUGCAUUCAAAUCUGUUUUGGAAAAAAUGUAGAAGAGUAUUCUUCGACUAUAGCCAAGAACAUUCAUGCUUUGCGUUUACAAGACAUUAUAAUUGGAAUUACAACGUCAUCCUGCCCCUUAAUUGUUAAAUUGUGUGUAUUUAUAACAUAACAGAGGGAACCAGGUACUUCCAAACAUUGACGGUGGGGCCAAACCACCCCUCAAAGAGAUCAUUAGGCUAAAUUUAUGUAUCUUUUACAUUUAUAUUCAUUUCUUUACCGAACUAAAACGAGUCAAACGAGUCAUGGGACUUCAAAGAUAUUUAAGUGCACCCCCCGGAACCAUACUUUUCCUUAAAAAACGAUCUCUAUGUUUUUUCAAUUGAUUUUUUUACAAAAUAAGCUGAUUUUCCGGUAACAUAAACCGUCAUAGUGGCACAACAUAGUAUCAUUUUAGAUUUUCUUUUUUUGACUCAAAAACGCUAAUUCAAGAAGAACAAAAAUUGAUCACGUGACAUUUUAUGACUUCACAAAGCUGUUUUCUUGGUUUUUGCGCAAUUACGAAUUUCCUUUUUCAAUUCAAUUUUUUUCCUUCAGCAUAUGUUAUGUUUUUCUUAAAUAGCAAUGGCGACACGACAAUAAAGAUGAAUUUAGACAUUUUUUACAAGGGGCGUACCCCGUUUUUGUGGUACAAAUUUAUCCUAGAAAUAAAUAAAUAUUAGGUUAAAAGAAAUGAUCGGAAAAAAACCCGAGCCCCCAGCAGGAAUCGAGCCCACGACCUGCCCGAUACCGGUAGGACGCUCUAAUCACUUAGCUAUGGGCGACUUAUAUGGGGGUAGUCACAGGACUUCGCAUCUCGCGAGAACGCUGGGCCAUAGUUAGUGGAGAAGACCGGUUAUGAAAGCCGGUAAACAUCAAAGAUGAAAACAACGGUGCUGCAGUUUAUGUUGGAAGCUUCCUGACCGUGCAAAAUCCUUUGUUUUUUGUUCACAAAUUCAAUGAUUGAAUGAAUUAAUGCGAUGUUUCUGUUGGUCAGUAAGCUCAAAAUGAUGGGAAUGCUAUUGAACGUUGCGCACGGUCAAGACUAAAAGGGCUAACAAAAACACAUAACAAGUCUGUCACGCGUCAUAGCCUUUGCUGCCCACUUGAUUGACUGUGGCUGGACUACAGCAAUUCAACACACUGACUUGCAUCGCGCAAGCACAUUAAUCAAGUGGCGUGUACAAUUUAAAGCCAACCAACCACCCAACCACCAAGUGCGAUGAAAAUGUCAUAUUUCAGCUCACAGUUGAGAUAUUGAAAAAACUUUUUAAGCCUUCAACUUCCCUUGAAUAGUUCUUUAAAAAAAUUGAGAGAUCUAAAGUUGAAAAUUUACAUAUGAAUGACGCCAGCAAAUGUGACGUCAUAAUUAGACAUUUUGAUGUCAUAAUAUAUGUCAAUUUGGUCGGCUCAAUAUUUCAAAUUUUCAGGCCAAGUUUGGUAAAGAAACGGUUAAAGCCAACAAUGUUGUUGUAAAUUAACCAAUGCCACGCUUUGAUGAUCCUUUUUAAUUAUCGAUAAUCAGGGGGUGGUUUGGCCCCGGCGUGAGAAUUAAAUAGCAGGUUAAACAAUAUAUUUUCACCCCCCCAAAAUAGAAACCUUUUAUCAAAAAUGACAAAAAGACCUUUCUCCUCUUUAAGUUCAAGUUAGUAAUUGAAAUUGUUUUUUUUUUACAUUUUUUUUUUUGGUAUUUUAGGGAAAUUUCAGUCUAUAGAUGCUUUUCACAGUGACGUCAUCAAAUUGUCAAGUCAAAAUAGCGAGGUUUUACGAAUUCCUACUUACACUCGGUUGAAGAUAAACAAAAAGUAAAUCGUUAUACAAGUUUCCAUUCCCGUAGCAUGUUUCAUUUCGACAAUACAGCAAUUUGAACUUCCGAGUUUCACAGUGCGUGACACCAAAAUAGCAAUGCUGUCUCGUUGAAAAAAAGUCUUUCCUCUUGAUUUUCAGCAGUAUAACCAUUCCAAGUAUUAGAAGAUAUGUUUAUGCGCACGUACGCUAGUUCUCAAGUGAAAAGAAAGAGCUUUUAUAGAAAAAGUGAACUCCAGAUGUUUUUGUUGAUUUCCGGCGGCCAUAUUGGUGCACCAAAACAGUACAGCAAUAUGGCGUCUCCAUACAAAGCUCUACAAAGAUGCGUGAAACGUUUCGGCAAAUAACUUAGAAACUGUGGGCCACAAAGAUCUGAGAUUUGGACGAAUUGCUUAUAUAUUAGUCUUUUAUAACAUUUCAUUUUCUUAGCUUCUUCCACAAGACGGUUAGUUAUUAUGGUUUAUAUUUUAUUUUAAAAGUGUUGGACAUUUUUUCAUCUACAUAAUUGUAAGAACAAGAACAAGCCACUUUCUGCUGUACUUGGCUGUAAGUUUAAGCAGCAAGUUUAAGCCAAUCACAAAUCCCUUUCCCAUGCUGUCACCUCAACACCAACGUGGUCACAACUUAAUGUCGCCUUGCACGGUCUUAAUACGAUGGUAGGUUAAAAGGUCAGGAGCUCAUAUACAAGAAAUUUUAUGGAUCCACAUCCCCAACCUAAUCCCCUGCCACCUAACCCUAACCCUAACCCUCACCCAUCCUAAUCCCCUGCUUCCUACCACCGAGGACGUAUUAAAACUGUGAACAAUCCCUUGUAUACGGUCUAAGGCCUGGAUUUCUUUCUUUAUCUGUUGGUAGUAUGAGCUCGUGCCAGUUUCGGAAAUUGGCCUAACAGGGCCAUUAAUGGUACAACACGAAGUUCAACCGGAGGAUUUACUCGACCGCUUUGAUGAUCUUCGUCGUGCUUCAGGGCUCGCCAAAAAAUACUUAUCGAUUGCUUCGGCGACUCCUGCUAACGACUUUGUUAAAUUUCUCAAUGAAGCCACAGGAGUGAAACGUGCCAUGAAGAAAGCUAUUCGCAAUUUGCACCGAGAUAAGGGAGAGCGACUGCUGAAUGAAAGCAUUCAAGCGUAUGACAAAGCCUUGGGUGGCCAGAUGAAUUUCGUUGGUAAAUUUGUGAUAGAAUGGAGAAGACUUACCAGAGGAAUAAAGGUUCGCAUCAACUCAAAGUUAUCAUUACCACUUAUUAUAUAUACCUGCCGUUAUUGAGUCGCGCGAGCUCGCAAGUGCUCAAAAAUUCACCCUAUUCAGACUGGAAGGGUUGAGGCCACCCCAAACUGUAAAGUUGAAAAGCUAUGAUCCCCAAACUUAGCGAUUUUUUGCUAAAACUUACCAGGAAACAGUUUAAAGUAGUAGUGACGUGUUCGACAACAUUAACAUUAUCAUUAAGCAACUGAGUUUUGACAGCCAUGGUUUCUUUGUAAAAGAAAAACGCUCUGUGUUUUGAUACCCUACCUUUUGAAUUCAAUCUCCUAUAGUUUUCUUAGUUUGCUUAUUGGCAAUUUGUAAGGUUUUGAACUUUUUUACGACAUAAAGGUCUCAUUUGAGUCAUUAUACCUGACAUUUACAAUACUUUUUUUGUUUUAUUGUUUUUUUUUUCCAGAAGAAGCUUUUACUAGAAAUUACUGUUCUCUGUGGUCGUGGCAUCAAACGUAACGGUAAGUUUGCGUCUUUUUCUUGUGGAAUCUGGCAUGGGCUUUACUGAGAUCUUCCAGGUGAGUUUAUCUUAGGCUUAGUUCUUCACUCAUUUACCAACUUUCAUCCUAUUGACGGUCAUGUUUAUUUUGGCCAAUCGCCUCCAGAAAACCUAGCCGAAUCAGUCACAAAUUGAAUGACUUACUACAUAAUUGGUCUUCUAGUCUAUGCUUAAACUUCUUGGACUCCAAAUAGGAGCAGAAAAUGCAUUCCUACCGAUUUACUUGCAUAUUGCUUGCUUGCUUGCGGAGAUUGUAGCAAGUUGCUAUUGUCAUGGGUGGUAUUCUUGGUUUGCACGUGACGUCACUAAAAAUCAAACUAAGAAACUAUCCAUUCUUCUGAGUUUCUACUUUCACUAGGUAUUACAGCACCUAAACACCUUUAUAUAAACAAAUUUUUGGUUCCAAAGGGUUCUUCGUUUUGCGAGAGAGGACGCUUGUGGUUCAAGGCUUUUGCGUGACGCGGCAUUUAGCUGACGGCCAGGAGAGCUCUUAUGUGGGUUAAAAACUAGGCUUUUGUACAUUAUGCUUUUGCUUCCCUACUAAAAUGCUCCACCUUAAUGCUCCAUUUUUCCCACUAAAAUGCUCGGUCUCCCCAAAAAAGUCACUAAAAUGCUCGGAUAAUGCUCAUUAUACAAACGGUUUUUUAAAAUUAAUUUCAAAGUUUACACUUACAAAAACGUGCAAGUGUUGCAAGUAACAACGACAACGUGUACAAGUUCACAAAUACAGCCAAAAAAACCAGCUGUAUUAGGUGUUUUGUGAAUUUUGAAUUUUAGUCUUCAUUUUGUUUAAAAAAGCAGGAGCUCAUGGGGCAUGGGCUCCUGAAAAAAGUUAAUUUCUAUUUUAUUUUCUCGGAAAAAUUAAUUUUCCGGGGAAAAUGCCACUAAAAUGCUCGAAUAAUGCUCAAUGCUUUUGCCUCACUAAAAUGCUCGAAAAAAUGCUAGCAUAAUGUACAAAAGCCUAUUAAAAACAUUACUGAUUUUGGGAGAUUUUGCUAUCUAAACAUUUUUUGUCUCAGAAUAAAUAUUACUUUAAUCUUUAUGAGUUCCUCAAGCGAAGAAUUCAUGCAUUAGUAGGAAAGCUAGAAAACAGAUGUUUCUGUUGGUAUCCGGCGGCCAUAUUGGUGUCCCUAAAAGGGAUGACCAACCAACUGGAGCAAUUUAUACGCUUUUAUUAGCAAUCAAGAAAGAGUGAGCAAGUUCAUUCUUUGUUCUUGUGGCAAUUCAAUAUGUAUUUUAAUAUUUCCCGGGAAAGUCUAGUGUCUGCUAUGCGUACUUCACACUCAAUUUUUAGACUAAAAGAUGUGGAUCUGUUCAGUUGUAGCUUUGUCAUGAAUUCUGUGGCAUGGAACUAAACGAAUCAUUCAAAUUGCAAUCUUGAACAUCUCAAUGUAGUUAGUCAGUCGAUUUGUGACAUUUAAAUUGUAAACUCGUAAUUUGAAAUUGCGUGUAGUGUUAUGUUAAUCUUGAUUCAUCAUAUCCACUCUAAUAUCUUUACAGUGGAACCCCGAUGUAACGAACCUCUGUAUAACGAAGUCCUCGGUAUAACGAACGCCAGGGGGUGGUAAACAAAACAGUUUUAUACGGGGAGGCUCCGCCCCGCGGUGACAGAAUAGGUUCCCCUUUUGUAUACCUUCCAGUGACAAGUAGUAUCCCUUUAGAAGCUUAGUUUGCAUCCCUUUUAACUACUGUUAUGGCACUAUCUUUUAAAUAUAAAAUGACGGAUUUCCCUACCCUUUCUAAUGUAUCAACUAGUGAAAUCCCUUUCAUAUACCUGAAGCCUGAUAGGGUACCCCUUUCGGGUAAAGCCUCCCCGUAUAGGCCUUUUAUAAGGAUUCCCCCCCCGGAACGAACGAUUUUCUUUACCCCUACAGUAACAGUAAAAUAUCAUGAUCUCGAUUUAACGAAACCUAGUUAUAGAGAGCAAAUUUUGACAGUUCCUUGGCCCUCGCAGGUUAUACUUGGGAUCCACUGUUUUAAGUGGGCCACUUGUCUGUUUGUUUGUUUGUCUUUACGCUAUUUUGUGCUAACCUUUGUUGAAUUAAAAUACAUACAGUCUGGAAACCUAUUAACUAAGAGAACUUUUUUAAAAAAUCGCAAUACAAAGAAGAACUAGUGAACUUUACCAUCAAGCUUUACUUCAAAUUAAUAUAAGGUAAAGAUCAUGAAAACUUUUUUUAGAUAAAAAUAUACAUUGUUUCUACUCGUAGACGGCUUCAUAUUUUGAAAUGUCUUAUUCAACCUGGAGUAAGGUCAAUAAAGUUGAGAAGUAGUUCGUAGAAAGCUUUAUUUUGUAAAAAGAUAAAUAUAUCAGUACAAACCUCCAAAGCAUGGUCACUUCGAAGGUCAUCCUGGUUUCUUGUGUGACACUACAAAAUUCAGUGAACUUGACAUCGCUUAUUCCAAGAAAUCUUUUGCCAGUGUGCGAACUGUUCACCUUUUUUCAGUUCGUCAUGUUUCAAACUUAUAUAACCUAGUUCUCAGGCUCUUCUUAAUAAGACUCUUUUAAUAGCCUUUUCGAAUUUUGAAGACCCAGGUAAGCACUCUGAUCCGUACGUAAAGUUGAUACAAAAGUCAGCAAAUGGGAGGAGGACGACGACCCGGACAGAGGCAAAGAAAAGCACUCAAAACCCAAAGUGGGACGAUGAAGUGUUCCAUUAUAUUCUUGAUCCAAAUGUUCAACAUACUCUUGGUGAGCUGUUGUUUUGUUUUCAUGGAAAUGACACUGAUUAAACAAUUAUUAUUCCUCGAGCCCGAAUGGACUCUGAGUGACAAUAGCUAUUGUCACUCAGAGGCCAUGAAGGCGAGAGGAAUGAUUGUUUGAGUAAAAUCCAACUAGUUGGUCAAAAAUAUCGAGACAAAACAACUUUAGCUAGCAAAACGCGAUUCAGCCGCCAUUGUUUGGGUUUUCAAAGCAGGCGCUUUUCGCUACUAGUGUGCUAUAACAUAUAGCCUAGUAGUAGCUCAACCAAUCAGAACACAGUAUUGGUAAUAGACCACUAGUUGGAUUUUACUAAUAAGGCAAUUUUUACACUAUACCGGAUAGCUGUUUGGUGUAGUGUGAACAGCAACGGCGCGCACAUAACUGGAACAAGCCAAGUCGUUCACACACAUCGAACAUCGUGCCAGAGCUGUUGGCUGAGAGGGUUUGGUGAACUAAUUCCCAGUCCUUACUUAUGAAUGUUUACUUGCAUCUUAGUGGAUUCCAAUUCUCUCUUCUUAUUCAAUUCCACUAAGGUCUGAUCGAAUACCUGUUCACAAUGCAAGAAAGGAAAAAAGGGGGGCACAGCUUCGCUCCGUUACACACCGUUUAUAUGUUCGAACAGAGACCCUAUCCGCUAUGGAUUUUGCGCUGGCACAAGAGCUAUCCAGUAUAGUGUGAAGACUGUGUCAUAAAAUAUGUUAUAUACAAGAAAUGGGCCCUUUGCACGAAACGGUCAUGCACUUCGUACAAUUUUUGCUGGAUUGAAGAGAAACAACGCAUUGAGACCUUGAAAAGAAUGGAUACAUAUAUUAAGCUUUUGAGUGUUAUCAUCUCUUUGUUUUCCUUACCCCACUGCGUCGCGGUCCAUUUUUAGUUCUACUGGUUAUAUAUGAGACAAGGGAAGGCUAUCCCAUUUUAUUUAUGCAUCGAAUACGAAUCGAACUUUCGGCCUUACUUUUCGUGGCACGACUGAUAAAAAAUCAACCAUAAUAUUUCUUUUAGAACUGAACGUUUCUCUGUUUCGGCUUGUUGAUUAAGCGUUAUGUUACUAAAACAAAAAUUGGUCGCCGUCCGGCCACGUCUUGGUCUGAUCACGUGGCGUGGAUAUAUCUUUCUUCAUCACUUGUAGUUUGUUAGGCUUUUAAACGUUCGUCACGUAAAACAUAAAGAGAAAAAUUGUUCUUGGUUAAGCUUAAUAUGUUUUUUCUUUUGAGGCAUAUGCAUAAACUUUGCCCAAAAGUUGAACCCGCAAGGACUUGAUUUUUUUUUUAUACAUAGACACUGACAGCCCUUUUCAUUAUUUUCACUACGUUUGGCUGACCUUUUUUUCUCUUUAUCUUUUCUUUUUAUCUUUAUAGAGAUUCAGCUGAUGGAUGAAGACCCGGCCGUAGACGAUUCGCUGGGUACCAAGGAGUUUAAACUGAGUAAUUUACCUAUCGGCAUCAAAGUUAACCAAACAUUUAAAUUCGAUAACCAGGUACGUACUUUGAACAGUUUACGUGCCUGAUUAUGGAGAGACAUUGUGGAAAAUCUUCUGUAUGCUAGAUAAAUCGCCAAGAUUGCUUGAUAAAUUUGUUAAAAACGCUGUUACUUCCCAGCGGACUUUUUUUGCCACGAACCCAGAUGCGUCAAAUCCCUCGAGCUCGUGUGUGGAGACGUUGACAUUAAGCUGAAAUGUAAAAUAAAGCAGAAACGACGGAGUACUUGAAACGAAGGAACGCAAACAAUAAUUUAAACAAUUCAGGCUGAGAAAUAUUCACAAAAAUUUUCAUGGUCAGCAUUUUGUUUUCGUUCUGAUGGAAACCAGCGAGAGAGCUAUAAAAAUGCUUGGAAACUACUUUCAAUUUCGA